GUAGUAUAACUUAUAGAUAUAUUUUUGAAUCUAUCAAUGUUUUUCAGUAAUUCAAGAUAGGAAGUUUAACUUAUAUUAAUAUUAAUAUAUUACGAAAAUUCAUGAAUACAAUAUUUGGAUUUUAUGGUUAUCGAAAAUUCUUUCGUUUUGCUACAAAUAUGCCAAACUUCACUUUCAUGUCUCCAAGCCCACCAUGCUCUACUCAUUCUUUUUUCUGGUACUCUUCUAUCCCACAUGUUUCCAGGCCAGACCAACCCCUCCGGUAACCACCACCACGUCCACCUUAAACCGCCAAAACUUCACCUGGGGCAACUUCGGGCAAUUCCUUCAUGCCAGAAAGGGCAGCAACUUCAGCGGCAUAUCAGAGCUCAAGAACUACAUGCAACGUUUUGGAUACCUCAAGGAUACAAACAUUAGCUCUGGGGACAACUUUGAUGACGAAUUCCAGAUUGCAGUAAUCCAAUACCAACAGAAACAUGCCCUAGCCAUUACCGGAAAACUCAACUCUGAAACAAUCUCUCAGAUGACAUUACCGAGAUGUGGCGUACGUGACACAUCUCCACCACCAAUUUUUCAUGAAAUCCGACAUUAUAAUUACUUCAAUGGCAAGCCAAGAUGGUCACGUGCCAUUCCAACAACUCUGACUUACGCUUUUUCCCCUAACUGCAUGGUUUCAAAUUUGAACCUUUCUGAUAUAAAGCAAGCCUUCCGACGAUCUUUUUCCCGGUGGUCAGCGGUGAUUCCGGUGAACUUUACAGAAUCAGAUUUUUAUGAGUUUUCCGACAUCAAGAUUGGGUUUUACAGCGGCGAUCAUGGCGAUGGAGAGCCGUUCGAUGGAGUUUUAGGUGUUUUAGCACAUGGGUUCUCACCGGAAAGUGGAAAGCUCCACCUUGAUGCGGCGGAGACAUGGGCGAUGGAUUUUGAAUCAGAGAAAUCCAAAGUCGCUGUCGAUUUGGAAUCGGUAGCAACUCAUGAAAUCGGGCAUGUGUUAGGAUUAGCUCACAGUUUUGAGAAAGACUCUGUAAUGUACCCUAGUUUGAGACCUAGACAGAAAAAGAUGGAUUUGAACGUCGAUGAUAUCGAAGGAAUUCAACAACUAUAUGGAUCAAACCCGAAUUUUAACAUUGAAGCUUUAUCGCAAUCCGAUACUUCUUCAAAUCAGAGUAUAGAUUCAAAGAUCGAGCUCCGAUCAUCGAGGUGGAUCAUUACCCUAGCAAUUCUCCUAAUCAUGUCUAUAAUCUUCAAAGCAUGAGAUACAAACGUGAAAGCAAAAGCGCAUAAGGGAGAUUGAAAAGUUUUAAUCAUAGAAUCUAAUCCAACCAAAGUUAAUCAGUCUUUUAAAACACUAGUUAAGGUCCAUGUUUUAUUAGUAUGUAUGUUUUAUUGAAGAAAAACAUGCAAUGCAUGGUUUUGGAAAGAGAAUGAUCAAGAUGAACAUAUUUAACAUCUAAAACUCGUUUUCUGUUUAAGUGAUGACGUGCACAAUGAAUUGUUAUUGUUUAGUGGCGAAUUUUUGGGAGAAUGUUAAACCCGUGUAACUGGAUUUAUUUCUAGUUAGGACGGAAUUGUCAAAAUAAAAUAUGAUAUUAAUCUAAUAAUAAUUUUUGAGUAAAUGAUAAGAAAACUUCCUAACGGUCGACGGUUGGCUGCUACCACCAAACAUCACUACCAUUCCCAUCACCUAAAAUUUCAACGUCAAUCUAUUGCU